AUGGAGUCCAUCACGAAGUCCAAGUUCAUCCUGAUCCCUGGAUUGCUUCGUGAAGUCCAGUCCAUCGUGACCUGGGUUGCUUCAAUAAAAGCCGUUCCUCGCCGCCAGCUUCAAGCUCCAUCGUCCACGAGAGUUGAUGAUGCAGGGAUGAGGGUUCGAUCGGCGCGCGCGGCCCGACCACCUCAUCCACACCCCCCACCCCCGGCCCGCCCUCGAUCACGCCCCCCACCCCCGCGCCGCCGCCGUCUCCGGCCGCCACCCGCCGCCACGCCGGCCGCCCUCGCCUCCGCCACCACCCGCCGCCACGCCCGGCCGCCCUCGCCUCCGCCACCACACGCCGACGCCCGGCCACCCUCGCCCGCCCUCUUCCUCCGCCACCACCCGCCGAGGCCCGGCCGCCCUCGCCUCCGCCGCGUCGGCAGCCGCCCCGCCGCGCCUGCAGCCGCCCGCCCCGACCCCCUCGCCUCGCCACCACCCGCCGACGCCGGCCGCUCUUCCUCCGCCACCACCCGCCGACGCCCGGCCGCCCUCGCCUCCGCCGCGUCGGCAGCAGCCCCGCCGCGCUGCAGCCGCCCCGCCCCGACCCCCUCGCCUCCGCCGCGCUGCAGCGCCGCCUCGCCCGGCCCCCUCGCCUCCGCUGCCCUGCUCCGCCUCGCCCGGUAA